CAACGUCUGAAUAACAACUGACAGCUUAGCAAGCCAGCGAGCAGCAGGCUGUGUUUGCUCUUGUCUUGUAUUCUGCUGUUCUGGCCGUGAGUAACGGCGGCGCGACGGUGAGGCGGCAGUGGCGAUCGUCAUAGAAUCGAACAGCAUAACAUAAUCACUGUUCUGGCAAUAGCUGACCGAGCGACGGCUGACUUCGUUCUCUAGGUGAUUUCCGGUCGUCAUUGGUUACUACCACUCGGAGUGUUCGUGAGUGCCUGUGUGCGUGUGCCUUUUCGGCUGCCUUUUACUUAACAGCGGGCGGUUGACACUUUUGGUGGCCAAUAUCACUAACGCUGUAUGCUACUGCAAUACUAUUAAUCAGCUAAUCCAUCUUUAAGAAUCAGUACGGAAUAGUAACGCGACAAAUGAAUUAUGUAAGGCAAUCUGGUACGCCGUGAUAGAUAUUCCAUCAAUGCUAUUGAGCCAAUAUGAGUAUUUUGGAGUAUAACCGGUUUGUGCCUUUCCGCUUGUUGUGCUGCUGUUAAUCGUACGGUACAGCGGUUCGUGCUGGUCAGUUGUCUACCGGUGGUUGAAGUGAGCAUCGCUAUCCAAUUAGGCAAUUUUACUUGUUAGUGAUUUCGUGUUUGUUGUUUCCGCCGUGCAGAGCGUCACUUUAGUUCCAGCGAAGCAGCACCUUAAAGACAACAAACGAAACAGAAAUCGUCAGACGCCACUAGUGUUAUCAUUCUUGUCAUCGACGCCGUCUGUUCUUUAUCGUCGAAGUGUUUGAUCUAAUUACCGGGGCUUUGUUCAGCCAUUGUCUAGCUUCAUCUUGGUAUGUUAGCUUCGAUUGGCAGUCUAUAGGACGGCGUGACCUCCUGUGCUAAGGUGCCACUCAGCUCUGCCUUCGUAACAAGCUGUGCAUACUGCUACGAAGAAAAACAGCUUGACAUCAGUGUGGCUAGGUGUCUUCUUCUCUGUGCUGUUGUGUCUUUAUGUGAGUGUGUUCAUCAAUCGUCUUCAACUCAAAAGUUGCAGCACUAGACCUACGCGGUUCGACAGAAGACUUGAACGAUGGGGAAGAUCCUGUCGCGAAUAUUUGGUAAUCGGGAAAUGCGCAUCCUUAUGUUGGGGUUAGACAAUGCAGGUAAGACAACAAUCUUGUACAAAUUGAAGAUGGGUGAAUCAGUUACGACAAUACCCACCGUCGGAUUCAACGUCGAGACCGUCACGUACAAAAAUGUCAAAUUCAACGUCUGGGAUGUCGGUGGACAGGACAAGAUUCGACCGCUCUGGAGACAUUACUACACGGGAACACAGGCAUUGAUAUUUGUUGUAGAUUCAUCCGAUAUCGAUCGUAUAGACGAAGCACGACAGGAGUUACAUCGUAUCAUAAGUGACCGCGAAAUGCGAGAUGCCCUUAUCCUCGUAUUUGCCAAUAAACAGGACCACAAAGACGCUAUGAAGCCGCAUGAGAUCCAGGAAAAGCUCGGCCUAACACGGUUACGCGACAGGCACUGGUACGUGCAGCCGGCGUGUGCUAUCCAAGGUGAUGGGUUACAGGAGGGCCUGACGUGGCUCAUGGCUACACACAAAGGAUGAGACCUGGUCGAGCGGGUGGGGCAGCCGGAAGAGGAUCACCCCACUGCUGAAUUCUAUCCUGUUCGAGUGGUGCCAACUGACGCCCAGUAGUGAAUCACAGAUGUAACUGCAUAGACAACAACUCAGAAGAUCGACAUCAUCCAGUGUAGAGAAAGACAAAAGAACCGAGCACAUAUGGCGAUGACAGCUCGUGAGGCCUCGUAAAUCCAAACAACAACAGCAUCAGCAAAUGACGACAACGACGAGGGGAAAGUUCAGUAGCGCGUAUCGUUGGCCGCAGAGAGUUUCAGCAAAUCGCUUCUGCAUGCCUUUGUAAUGAGAUUAAUUCGCCAUUAAUUUGUUGCUUGAAGGAAGAACGACUCGGUACGCGUCUGAUCGUGCAUACAAGUUCGCGCGGCUAAAGCGUCGUUUGGAAAAGUUUGGCGUCAUGAUCAUUAUGAGCAAGAGUGUUGGAGCUGGCAGUGAGAUUAGAUGAAUGAGGACACCCAGAAAAAAUGUUGCCGAGUCACUCAAUCCUUCAAGAAUUAAUUAUUUGAAUGCAUAUUAAAGCUAUAAAGUACCACCACUAGUACUGUUUAUUGAAGAAGAGCCGAAGUGAAAAAGUAUCUUCAUCACGUAUUAAAAUAACGCAUUACUGGAUUAUGGUGAUGACUAAGGCGUGAAUCAAUUGUGUACAGUAGAUUAAAGCAAUAAACUGGCAUUUCGCCUUGCUUGAAAUAAACGAACGGAAGGAGGUCUAGGCAAAAGAAUUGCUAUGGGAAGUGGGUAUCAAAGAUUAAAACACUGAAAUGUCAGCCAUCUGAUGAAGGCACGUAGACGUAGAAUAACAUGGCAAGGGGCAAAAAGAGACACAAAAAGGACCUGUGUAUUGGCCGUCCAGAAAGCCAGGCUGAACCUUGAGGGACAUUAAUCGUUUUGAUUGAAAAAGAUCGUUUGUUGUGCCUGUGUGAAAGAAACUUAAUCAUAGCCAGUUAAUGCUGGUUUUUUAGAGAGUGUUCUUUUAGUAAUGUCGAAGAAUCUAGUUCCCAAAAUGCUUAAAGGGUUUUAUAGAAGUCAACUUAGCUAUUAUAAGAGAUGCGUGCCGUGGAAUAAAUGCUAUUAUUAUUAAAUCUCAUUAUAAUAAGACAAAGGGGAUAAAUAGCAGACACUUAUCGGUCUUCGAAAGACAUGCAUUUUUACAAAAUCUAUAAGACAGCAUUUUGCAUUUGGCGUAAUUACAGGUUAUCUCACAGGUACACGUUAAACCUUAAUUAAAGCAAACUAAUAACAAUCUUCUUAGUACAAUAAAACUGAUAAUUGAGGCGCGAUAAUUUCUUGGAUGUAACAAAGCUCAAACUCAUUGAACUGCAUCAGUUCGACCGGAAUCAAUUGCGGGGGCAAGAACGUCGGCGACCGAUUCCGCCGCGUAAAAAAUGAGCGUUCAGCAAUAUUCUAUGGACAUAGCAGCUCUGGCUAUUGUAUUAGGGGGCGUUUGUCACCUCAUGCAGUUUGGUUAAGAAUACCACAAGGUAUAAUGCAGGGAUGUAUUUUGUUUGCUUAAUUAUACGUGCGAGAAGAAAAAACAAUAAGAAACGUAAUGGAAAAUGUAGUACAGCAUUAGCGGUGGCGCUGCUGUGAUGGCGCGCCUAAAUGUUGCUGGUGCCUUCAAAAAAACGCGAUGACAAAUAAAGUCGAUAUUCGAGCUGACAUAGAAAAGAAAAGGAAAACAUUUGAUUGAUACAUGUGGUAAACAAAUAAGUAUGGUUUCUAGUUGUGCUGAAAAUGGAUGAACGAAUGAACCAUAAGGACCCAGCUAUUAUCAUAACCGUAAAAUAAUUCUUUCACUGCUAUUACUGAUCAAAGAUUUGAAAGUAAAGUCGUCAUAACUUUAUCUUCGAAAACAAUAUCUCGUUUACCUUAAAUCUUCCCAGAACGAACAGUGUUUAUCUCAUGGGAUUGGUGUAAUGAGAGAUCGUCAGAAGCGCGACACCUGCGAUUAUUGCAACUUGAAAUACAGCUUUCUGCAUUUGAUGAAAAGAAGAUUUAUGAAAGUUAACUGGAGCACUACAUACCGCUAUGAUCCAUACAGAUGGUGCUCGUUGGGUUAAAUUAACCUAGCAUUCAGAUCUAUACACUCGUAUAAAUCUGUUUAUUGAAUUCAGCUAUGAACAUACAGACCUGUAGACGAAAAAGCAGCGAAAACGAGAAAAACAGGUCAGAUGUUUCUUCACUGAAGAAUGGAUUGUGUAAGUCAUGUCCACUUUCAUCGGUCAUUUAUAAGAGAGAAUAUCUAUCUACUAUUUAUACCGAGUUCGGUAUUGACACGCAUUAAUAAUUAACUGCCAACAAACGGCAAUAAUAAGAUAUAUAUAUAUAUACACACACACAGAGAUGCAGUAAAUAGUUUAGAAGAUUUAGGGAAAGGGAAACUAUUAACAAAGUUGACGAGAAUGAAAUCACUAGUGUAGCAGGGGAACACGAAAAUGUGUAUGGUAAAUGCAUCUUUGAGGAUAGACAGUAAUAAUAAUGGUAGAAUAGUGAUAUAUAGUACAUAUCUGUAAAUAGAGCACAAGUGAAAGAACGGUAAAAGAAUGAAAGCAAAAGUUAAGAAAUGUUUACUGAUUGACAACAUAAGUAUACUGUUAGCAACAAAUAAUGUUGUUCUAUACUAUAAAUAUUUGAUUGACGAAAGAGGGUAAAUUGGAUUUGAAUGGUGAUUCUAGAACCGCGAGUUCACGCAUGUACGAAGUGUCUACCUUUCUCACAAAUCGAAAAAAAUUGACAACAACAAUGAAAAGAGUUUAGCGAGUUAAUGAGAAACAUUCAGGUAGGAAAAGGUCACGCUAAAUUUAUUGAUCGGGAAGCCAUAUUGAAGUGAAGAGGAGGUUCUAAACUGUUAUAACCUGGUUGUAUAGAAAUCUACGAUACGAUAUAAAGAUACCUGUGCACAUAGUUGCAUGAACACACCGCAACGCGAAAAGUAGAAGGAAUAUAUAUAUCUUUUAAAUCAUCUCAUAUAUAUAUAUAUAUAUAUAUAUAUAUAGCAGAUGAUAUAAAAGCCGUAGCAAAUGGUGAGAGAAAGAAAAAAAGUUGUAUAUUUGGAGCACGAUACAAACAGAUCUAGUUAGGUUGUGUUGUAGGGCAAGUGUAGGAGAAAACUUAUAAACAGAAAGAGGCGGUACAUUACUAUAUAUAAAUAUUAUAUAUACACUAUAUAGAACCAUUAAUGUUAUUAUUAUUGCGCUCAUACAUUUGAAGGAGGCGAGCCAGGAGUAUUUUGAGCGUAUGCCAAGUGGGAUGAGAUGAACUAGAAUUUUAUCCUUCCAGAUUUUCAGUUUUAGACGAUAUUUUGCGUUUAGUUUUCAAUCAGGGUGAGAUGUUAAUAAAGUUGACAAAGUUUCAUAUUUAAUA